CCCAACCCACGUUUAGAAUGAGAAAGAAGACAGAUGUACGUCAUUCUCUUUUAGUGCAUACAAAUAUAAAUGGCAAACAUUUACAAUUUACAUGACACUCCAAAAUUAACAGAGAUAUGGAAACUGAAGUGAAUAAGGCAUGUGGAAUACAAGAGCUAAAGAAGGUGAGCUUGAUGGCGGCUCCAAUGGUGGUCGUAUCAGUGUCGCAGUACUUAUUGCCGGCCGUUUCACUGAUGAUGGCCGGUCAUCUUGGAAACUUACCGGCGCUUUCUGGUGUGUCGAUCGCCACUUGCUUCACCAAUGCUACUGGCUUCGAUGUCCUUUUAGGAUUAUCCGGAGCGCUAGAAACUCUAUGCGGGCAAGCAUAUGGAGCAGGCCAAUACAAAAAAUUCGGAAGCUACAUCUACUGUGCAAUAAUAUUACUGAUUUUAAUCUGUUUUCCUGUAUCUAUCCUAUGGAUUUUCAUGGACAAAAUACUAAUAUCAAUAGGUUUAAACCCUGAAAUCUCAAAAGUAGCUUGCAAAUACUCAAUUGUACUUAUACCAGCUUUAUUUGCCUAUGCUAUUCUUCAAUCUCUAAUCCGGUACUUCCAAUCCCAAUGCUUGCUUCUUCCGAUCCUCAUCGGCUCUUUAGCAGCUCUUUCUGUCCAUAUUCCGCUUUGUUGGGCUUUGAUUUAUAGAUGGAAAUUCGGAGAAAUUGGAGGAGCAGUGUCCAUUGGUGCAUGUCAUUGGUUAAAUGUCAUGUUUCUUGCUGCUUAUAUGAGAUAUUCUUCUUCUUGUGAGAAGACGAGAACUCUCUCAUGGAAAUGUGUUUUCUCGAGUAUUAGUGAGUUAUGGCGAUUCGCCCUGCCUUCUGCCGUAAUGGUUUGUCUUGAAUGGUGGACUUUUGAGAUAAUUACAUUGCUUGCUGGGCGUCUACCAGAUUCAAAGCUUGAAACAUCAGUUCUAUCUAUUUGCAUAACAACUACAUCACUACACUACUUUGUACAAUAUGGUCUUGGCGCUGCAGCUAGUACUCGAGUUUCGAACGAGCUAGGAUCAGGAAAUCCGCAGGCUGCUCGAUCAGUUGUCCGCGUGGUGCUAGCAGUUUCGAUUACAGAAGCAGUUACAGUAAGCACAGUACUCUUAGGAUGUCGCAGGAUUUUCGGAUAUGCCUUCAGCAAUGACAAGGAAGUUGUAAGCUAUGUAACUAAAAUAGCUCCUCUGCUUUGUCUCUCUAUUAUAAUGGAUAGCUUACAAGCAGUUCUUUCAGGGAUUGCUAGAGGAUGUGGGUGGCAGAAGAUAGGAGCAAUUGUGAACUUAGGCUCAUAUUACAUAGUUGGACUUACAAUAUCUGUUGUAUUAUGCUUUGUUUUUCAUCUUAAAGGCAAAGGGCUUUGGGCUGGAGUGCUUACAGGCUCAAUUGUACAAGUAGUAUUGCUUGCAGCCAUAACUGCUUCAACAAAUUGGCAAAAACAGGCACAUAUGGCAAAGGAAAGAAUAUUCAAGGGGCCAUCUCAGCAAAUAGUGGAUAGUGAGAUAGAACUUUAAAGAAGGAUAUUUUAGCUCAAUUGAAGUGCCAUAGGUUCUUAACAAUUCAUAAAAAGAGCUUCUGAUUUAUUUCAUAUGAAGUCUAUGAAAGAAAUGGAGAUGUUAACUAAGCAAAUGUCCAUGACUAGAAUUUGUAUAGAAUUCAGACCAUAAUCAUUUAUCUGAUCUGUAUUUAUGCAAUACUGUGUGCGUGUGUAUAUAAUGGUGGACUAGAGAGAUUUUACUCAGAUGUAAACUUUGCUUGUCUAAUAACUUCUUGUUUGGUUAAUUUUUCUAA